AUGCAGAAUAGGAAAGGAGCACUUUCGGGAAUUUGCGAGCACUUGCUUUAUUUCCUCUCCUACACCGUAUUUGUCCUAUUUCUGCCAGUGUCCGUUUUUGUCUGCCUCAAGGUUGUGCAAGAGUAUGAACGGGCUGUAAUUUUUCGGCUCGGAAGGGUUAUACCCGGAAGUAUGAAAGGACCGGGGAUAUUUUUGUGUCUACCGUGCGUCGAAGAGUGCUUUAUGGUCGAUCUUCGUACAAUCACAUUUGAUAUUCCACCUCAAGAAAUUCUGACCAAAGAUUCAGUGACUGUGUCUGUGGAUGCAGUGAUUUAUUAUAAAGUUUUCGACGCAAUGAUUUCAGUCGCAAAUGUGGAGAACGCACAUCAUUCGACCCGACUUCUGGCUCAAACCACCCUGCGCAAUGUUCUUGGCACGAAAAGACUGUCAGAAAUCCUCUCCGAACGAGAUGUUAUUAGCGCAUCAAUGCAGAGCGUGCUAGAUGAUGCAACGGAGGCUUGGGGUAUCAAGGUUGAACGAGUUGAAAUAAAAGACGUGCGUCUUCCGGUGCAGUUGCAACGAGCGAUGGCUGCAGAGGCCGAGGCUACAAGAGAAGCUCGUGCCAAGGUAAUUCAAGCGGAAGGUGAGAAGAAGGCAUCACACGCUCUUAGAGAAGCCAGUCAAAUGCUGAACGACAAGCCAGUAGCCCUGCAACUACGAUACUUACAAACCCUUUCCGGUAUCGCAGCAGAACACCACUCAACUAUCAUAUUCCCUCUUCCAAUUGAUAUGACCACCAACUUUUUAAUGAGCGGUUCCCACAAUCCAAUGAGCAAUGUGUUGAGAAAUAUCCCAAAUGGUGUCAAAAUGUGA